AGGCAAGAGCAGGGGAAGGACGAGCACGUCACGGAUGAGCACGCCUUUCGUUCCCGCCCAAAAAGAACAAUAUGUUGGACUUCGUAUUUGCUGUUGAUGAUUCUAUUACGUGGCAUAUGAUGAACCUGUUAAAGAACAGGAGUCAUUAUUCCUUCCUAAAAGUUUUUGGGCCAAAGCAGAUAAGUAAUGUACAAAGCUACGGAGCAGGGAUUUACUACAAUACUCUAGUGCCGUGUAAUGGUAGGAUGAUAAAAUAUGGUGUAAUUAGCACUGAUGCCCUGAUUGAUGACUUAUUUCACUGGAAAACCCUCUAUGUUGCUGGACGCCUACAAAAACCGGUGAAAAUACUGACACAGAAUGAGAAUGGCAAGCUGCAAGCUGCUCUUGUUAGCAAUCUGAAGAGUGCAGUCACAGCGGCCUUUCUCAUGUUACCAGAAAGUUUCUCUGAAGAAGAGCUCUAUAUGCAGAUUGCAGGACUCUCCUAUUCUGGUGAUUUCAGAAUGAUAAUAGGAGAAGACAGAUCAAAGGUGCAGAAUAUAGUGAAACCUAAUGUUCCCCAUUUUCAGAAGCUGUACAGUAACAUAUUACAGGACUGCCCUCAAGUGGUAUAUAAGCACCAUCUGGGAAGGUUAGAGAUCGAUAAAAGUCCGGAAGGUCAAUUUGCGCAACUAAUGUCUCUGCCAAGGACUCUACAGCAAAAGAUAACUUCUGUGGUAGACCCUCCUGGAAAAAACAGAGAUGUGGAAGAAAUUUUAAUGCAAGUUGCUCAUGACCCUGACUGUGGAUUUGUGGUACAUCAAGGCAUUUCGGGAAUUGUGAGAUCUUCCAGCCUAGUGCAGAGUGCUAAAACCAUACUAACAGCUGGGGCAAAGAAAUCUGUAACUUACAGUAUGAAGAAGUUAUAUAAGAUGACAAAGGGAUGGUUAAAGAAGACAUCUUGAGUCUUGAAAUACUGUGUAUGGGUAUGUUCAUUGGAAAAUUUAUAAGAACAGAGAACACUGAUCCGAAUGGUAGAAACAGACAGAUACAAGGCUUUUGGACUAAUGAACAUCAUGAGAAACAAUUCAGGGUGGAGGCAUGAUCUUCCGAAUGAAAUAGUUAUCAGGUAAGAAGUGCAGCGCUGUCAGAACUGCCUUUUAUAGUAAUCUAAUGAUGUAACUUUUAUUUUUCUUUUGUCCCAAGCUAAGUACGCUGGAGGGAAGGUUGUGUAUGGGCAGGAACAUGGCAGAAGACUCUUUUUUACGAUAGAAACUUGAUAUUGGCAAACAUUUAGUAGGUGCCACAGUAUUAGCAGGAAAAAAUUGUGCAAGAUCAUCCAUGGAAAGCUUUAGAAUACAAAAAAAAAAAAAAUAAUUAAAUUGAUGGUAUUUAAUGCAUUAACUCCUUUUGGAAACAGCAAUUUCAAAAAUAACCAUCUGUAUGAAUUAUGAGUGGUUUUUAAAAAAACUUCAAAUUCACUCACAACAUUAAAAAUACUAUGUUCUGGGCUUCCUUUUGUUAGCUGCAUUUAUUUUUCUUACUUUUAAGGCUGUCUGGGAAAGGACUUAAUCCAGCCUUAACUCCAGUUAAAGGGGAGGGUAUUCACUUUUGGGGGAGGAUUUAUCCUUGACAAAUUCAGCAAGAUCACUUUUAAUGAACUCACAUUUUUCUCUGUGUGAAUUCAGUUCUUCUGAUCAACCUCAGCAAAAAAAAAAAUACUGUGAGCAGGGAAAUAUGGUUGACUUUAUGCUUUUAAAAAUUCCAGUUGCUGCAACUGGACUGUUAGAAAAUUAUCUAUUUCAUGCAGUGAAUGCGUGACCAUAUAAUUAAGGGCUAAAAACUACAAGCUGUUCUAAAAUUUUCCUCACUUAUCUCCUUUUUAUGUAUGUCUGUAACUGAACAUGUUAGUAAUUGGAUUUUUGUUAUUUCCAGAAUUCUAUCAGGAAUCUAAGGUUUUCUAGCUGUUCUACAGAAAUGUAGGCCCUGGUAGGGGUGUGGGAGCAUCUGUAGUGUACAAAUGAAGCAAAAACUGACCCCCAGAAGGAAUAAGCAAUUUGACUAAAUUCAGAAAAGCAGUCAGUGGCAAAACUACAUGCUCCUGACUUUCAAGGAGCUCAUUCUUUCCUCCUGUAGUAUUGAAAUUUCGUGAGGUUUUACAUCAUGAGCCAUCCUGGGAAUGAAUAUGGUUGAAUGAAACCCUCCUGACUAACCUGUACUUUUUUUUUUCUUCUUUUAAUGAAAAGGUGAGGACAGGGGCGUUUAAAACUUGCUUAAAUAACAGUACCACAGGAUGUGAAACCACUAGCUCAUAAACCGCAACUGCUUCAAGCACUGGUUAAGAGAGAUCAUGUGUUGCGAGACUGUCGAACAUCUGGUUGAGAAUUCUUACUAGCAAAGCAUUUUAUCACAUGCUUGACUUGAAAUGCAUACGUACCUGCCAUUGUGGAAUAGGUAUUUCAUUCCCUUUUGAGACUAACGAAAAUAUAUAGAUUGGACUUCAAUCUACAGAAGUAAGUAAUUAAAUCUGUGGUGUAUCAAUACAGCUGGACGCUCCUGAACCCUCCCUAGGAUAUGGCUGCAGCGUGAGUGAAGAUCAGAUUCUAACAACCAGCUCCCUUUCGUGGUUUUUAUUUGCUAAUUUGAG